AUGUCACCGCAAGUCCACUACGAGGAGCAGGCACUGCUCUUCGGACCAAGGAUGAAUCAAAUUCCGCUGGUCCAGGGUGUGCCCGGAUCCUCGUGUGAUCAGUUAUGGGACUCGCAUAAUGCGUGGCUAUCACCAUGUGCAUUGCCCUACCUGGCAUGUAUCCCGGCAAUUAUAGUGUUGCUUAUUGCAUUGAGCCAUGUGCUUGGAUACAUUUGUCAUCGGUGGCGUCCCGACUGGACUGUUCCCUUUGUUUCAGAGCAACAGGAUACUCAAGAGCUCCCGCUAGACCAGCCCAAACAAUCAUUGCGAUGGACAGUCUCUCUUCUUAUAUUUUCGGUCACAGGACUUCUAGCCGAGACAAUUCAAUUUGUUCCUCCAAGCAUUGACGUCUCGGCUUUUGUGCUUGUUCUUUCAUGGGCGACAGCAUCUAUUCUGGUUGCAGUCCAGCGGCCCAGAUCAUGUUCCAUUUCGAUGCUAGCGUAUUAUGUCUUAGCAUUUGCAAUUGAACUUUCUUUGGCAACUCACCCAGAUGUAUGCCCGAAAUUCAAAAUUGUUGCGCGCUACAUUGCCACAGUGGCGGCGGCAGCAGCUUGCGCAACAAUCCUCCUCAUGCCAUUCCGUGAACCUUCAUUGUCAUCUAUUGAUAUCAGCGCUGUUGGUCAAGAGCCAUCUAAUGACUUCCGCACUCCUGAAGAUAAUCUGAGGCUUUGGCAGUUUCUCACAGUGUCGUGGAUGGCACCGCUUAUCUCAACUGGGCUUAAAAGACAACUACAUGAACAAGAUGUUUGGCUGCUUGGAUUUGAUUUUCAACACAGUCGGCUACAUGAAAAGUUUCGUCGACUUCGCGGUUCUGUCCUCAGUCGACUGUUGAGAGCCAAUGGAAUUGAAAUAUUUAUGAUCUCUACUAUCUCACUGGUCCAGAUGAUAUGCGACUUUUCUACUCCCGUUUUAUUGCAGCAACUACUGCAAGCUAUGAAAGACCCGUCCCGACCAAAACGAGUGCCUUUGACCUAUGCUCUCAUGUCGUUCGCUCUUCGACUUGUCGCUACACAGUCUCAAGUGUUACUUUUAUGGUACGGAAGACGAAGCUAUGAACGCUCGAGAGGUGAAAUGAUCAUGAUGGUUUAUGAAAAGGCCCUUUCACGAAAGAACAUCUCUGGGCUGUUGAUCGAGCGCGACCCAGAACCAUCCAACGAGGAAGUCAAUGGCAUUAAUGAUGAGAUUGCAGUUCAAGAGAGCCAACAACCACCAACCAAAGCCGUGAAACGUUUCUGGGAGCGUAUCAAUCCUCGCAACAAAAAGGCCCCACAGAAAGAAGGCAAAGAAGCUGCAUCACUUGGAAAAAUCUUCAACCUCUUGCGCGGAGAUGUUUAUGAAGUUGCACAGAGAUUCUGGGAAGUUGACUCAUUGAUCGAUAAACCAAUAGGACUCCUGGUUGCUACCUUCCUUGUCUGGACACUCUUCGGUCCAUCUUGUUUCCUGGGAAUAUUAGCUGUUCUGGUUGCACAGGUUGUGAAUGCACUGGUAACCCGAGCUCUCCUUCGUUGGGAGCGAGUCAGACGAGUGGCAACGGAUACAAGACUCCAAAUAACUUCACAAUUCGUGGAAGCAAUCCGCCAUCUUCGAUGGUACGGGUGGCAGAAUCAUUGGCUUCAACAAGUAAUGGAUGCCCGACAGCAUGAGUUGAAUAUUCGGAUUGUGACUAGUCUGUGGAGUAUCUUGAUUCGCUUUAUCAAUGCUUUCGCUAGUGGCGUUUUCCCAGUGGUUGCGCUGUACGCAUAUACCUUUUUGGCUGGACAUGAACUGCGAAUUGAUGUUAUCUUUCCCGCAUUGCAGCUGUUUACCAUGCUAGAGACUCGCCUUCGGGAUAUUCCUAGUCUUAUCACAUCGCUUAUCAAUGCCUUUAUUGCCCUUGGGCGUAUCGAGGACUUCAUGUCCGAACCAGACAAGGACAAUCUGCCUUCUGAGACUCUGGCGAAUGAUACUCCACUCUCGAUGGAGUCUUGUUCAUUUGCAUGGCCAGGCAAGGUCUCACCAGUCCUUGUUGAUAUUGAUGUCACCAUCCCCAAAGGACUGACUGUUGUUACUGGUAAGGUCGGCGCUGGAAAAACAGCGUUCCUGCAAGCUCUUCUUGGAGAACUGGAUAGACUUAGCGGCUCGGUGCAUAUUCCAAACGAAAUGGUGGGGUAUUGUGCCCAGACGCCGUGGCUGCAAAGCAUGAGUAUUCGCGAUAACAUUCUAUUCUCUGCCCCCUACCAUGACCAGCGCUACAAGCGGACACUGGAAGCCUGCGCCUUGCUUCCGGAUCUCACUCAAUUCAAACACGGUGAUUUGUCGUUUGUGGGUGAAAAUGGCAUCGGUUUAUCAGGUGGACAAAAAGCGCGAGUAGCUUUGGCAAGAGCUGUCUAUAGUGCAUCGCGGGUCCUGCUUUUGGAUGACCCCUUGUCUGCACUAGACCACAAUACUGCGGAACUGAUAGUCCGGAAAUGCUUUUCUGGGCCAUUGAUGAAGGACCGAACUAUUGUUUUAGUGACGCAUCGAACUGCGUUGGUUCGUCAAAUUGCGGAUCAAAUCAUCAAUAUUUGUGAAAAGCGUGCCACUAUUUACGACAAGGAUACCAUCAAGCUCGAUGUGACAGAGUCCUCCCUGCAAUUUAUCGACCAUGAAAGCGAAACAGAAUCGGAAACUACCCUCGAGGAGGAGACAGCUGCCGUGCCUGACAAAUUCAUCGAGGAGGAGUAUCGAGCAGAAGGGGGCGUCAAGCUUCGAGUCUACUGGAAUUAUAUUAAAGCUGGAAAGUACCGAUGGUGGCUUACCCUCGUCCUGAUCUUGACAGUCUACCGCCUGGUGGCUGUCGGGCAAUCAUGGUUCCUCAAAGGGUGGGGAGAAGCCUAUGAGCAGACGACUCUUGCCCCGGGGGAUCUUUCAGACUUGAGUGAAAGACCUUCGCAAGGUGCCUGGUCAGCCUCGAACUUGAACAUAGACACAUACUUUACACCUCGGAACCCAAUGGACCAACUGCCCUCUCCGCGUGAGGAUGUGAGACCCUGGCUAUGGUCAUUUUUUGCCAUCAUUUCUUUCCAAGCGGCCACACUCCUUAUCGCUCAGCUUCUCAUGCUGGUCAUCGUCUAUUAUGCUGGACAGUCCUUGUUCCGACGGGUCCUGGUCCGAGUCAGCCACGCGACCUUCCGAUACUUGGAUACAAUCCCUCUUGGGCGCUUGAUGAACCGCCUCACAUCUGAUAUUGGAGUUGUGGAUGGUAACAUUAGUGAGCAAUUCCAGGCCAUUGCGUUCCAGGCCAUCACUUGGAUCUCUUCUGUCCUGGUAAUCGCCACCGCUACUCCGGUGUUUUUGUUGUUCUCCUUAGCUCUUACAGUUGCAUUUGUCCUGGUAUUCCUCCGUUUCCUUCCCACAUCUCAGAGCCUACGGCGACUCGAGAUGGUGUCCCUCAGUCCUCUAUUGUCCAACUUCGGCGAGCUAUUGCACGGUCUGACCACCGUCCGAGCUUUCCAUGCAGAGUCACAGUUCCAGAACAGGGUCAUAUCCGUGGUUGACAAGUUCCAGGGAAUGGACCAUUUCUACUGGUCACUCCAGAGCUGGCUCAUGUACCGGUUCGAGAGCCUGUCCGCUCUCUCAACAUUUUGCCUAACAACUCUGGCAUUAUACACCAAUACCACACCGGGACUGGUAGCAUUCGUGCUUAUUGCUGCCAAUAACUUCGUCGACUCCACACAUGCGUUGUGCAAGCAGUACGGCAAACUUCAAAUGGAUUUUGUAUCGGUGGAGCGAGUCGACGAGUUACUCCACAUCGAAGAAGAAACCCCUGGGACCAUCGCUCCUCCAGCCGCAUGGCCAACUUACGGCAGCGAUGUUGUGUUUGAGAACGCAACUAUCCGUUACGCACCACAUCUCGAUCCCUCGCUUAUAAACGUUUCACUUCGCAUCCCUGGGGGAUCUACUACAGCGGUUAUUGGCCGUACUGGAAGCGGCAAGUCCACGUUGGCAAUGUCGCUUCUGAGCGUCAUCAGACCUGAAUCCGGUCGCAUCCUCAUCGACGGCAUCAAUAUCGCCGAUGUCAACACACAAGCAUUACGCACACGAGUCACAUUUGUAGCGCAAGAUCCCGUCCUCUUCCCUGGUAGCAUCAGACUCAAUCUGGACCCAACGGAAGAUUAUUCUGAUGAGCUGUGCACUGAAAUCCUAGAGCGUCUGUGUAGUCGGCAUGGCUGGCAUCUUGGGACGCAUAUUGAGGCCGGAGGAAGAAAUCUUAGCCAGGGUCAACGGCAACUUAUCGCUCUGACACGGGCUGUCCUUCGUCGUAGCGCAAUUGUCAUUCUCGAUGAGGCGACUGCUUCAGUUGACCAAGAGACUUCUCUUGAGAUCCAGCAGAUUAUCCGGGAGGAGUUGCAGCAGUCUACUGUCAUUACGAUUGCGCAUCGCAUAGAAGCUGUCAAGGAUGCGAAUUACUUUGUGGUUUUGGAUCAGGGGCGGGUUUCAAGACAGGGGCAUGUGCGGGACUUGCAGAGUUAG